UUGUUAUUGAUAGUACAGUGUCGACCAGCAGUUCGUUGAAAAGGACCGCUAACUAGUCACUAUGAGUGCGACAAUGGCAGUGACGGCGGCGUCUUGCCGAUGUAUGUAGUACGCAGUGCGAGGCUUUUUGCAGUUCAAUAAUUUAUUGCUAUUGUGUGAAGAUUGACGUUUUUCUUGUGCUGUUGCUAUCUUAAGCUAUUGUGGAGGUCAAGCUUGAGUUUAUCUUAGUGAAUGCCGAUAGCUGAGGUGGUAUACAGUCGAAUUUUCGAGGCAGUAUCUUUCCUACCUUUUUAUGGUAGUAUACAAUGCACCGAAUUGUUUUUUGACCCUUGUGACAUAUGAAGACCACGUUAGCAGUAUGGAUUCGUUACUAGAUGCAGUAAGUCUGAGCAAAAGUGAGAUUGUUGCAAAGAAACAUUGGGAUGCAAGUCAGAUCGAUUUGUCGCCGAAGCGAAAACGUCGCGAGAAGCUGGGUCCAUCCUUGUUUGCGGCAUUUGCUGGCCUAUCGUUCGGUGACAUGUGUCAUUCGUCAUCGAAAUCAGCUGUCGGCCGCACCGCUCCUGGAGUUCCGAAGGAACGCUUUUUCGGGGUGCACAUAGCAGGAAACAAUACGACAACAUCGAACUCGGACAUGGAUUCAACGCCGCCGUAUAUCUUUAGUGACCUUGCGUCUGCGAUACAGUUCUGUAAGCGAUUCAAAAAACAGGCUCGCUUUCGAGAGUUGUCGUCUCGCGCGGCUGCCGAGCAGUUUUCCUUGAGAGGUGACGUUCCAUUAGCGAUUGAUGGAAUCGAUGGCGAACAACGAGCUGAGAAUGUACUGUUGGCCGGCAAUCUCGGAAGCCUUUCAUCUUUGGGUCAAGCACGAGAGGACAAACUCAAAUUAAUCGGCGAAAAGUGUGCGUUCAGGGCUCCAAAACCGCAGGAUCUGGUUCGAUUACGUAGAGUCGUUCUGGAUGAUGAUCGCGAAACGCUUCGGAGCAAAGUAUGGGACAACCCUCGUCUACUCAUCGGCAGCGGUGAUAACCCCACCAUUGUGCACGAAGGGGCCAGGUAUAACGUCUUCCAUUGCGCUGCAAAAAGCGGUCUACACGAAGUAAUCGAAGAACUCAUUCGCCUGCUUCGAAGCGAGACCCUUUUCCGGAGGCUUUACCCAGAAGACGAUCAACAGACGACCAAACAGCGCAUGGCGUUUCUACUUGGCCUGUAUUUGAACAUUCCAGAUAAAACCAAACGAGCAAAUACCCCGCUUCAUUUCGCCAGCGCUCUAGGGCACGUUCGCUGCGUCGAAGUUAUGGUUCGUCAACCCGAGUGCAAUGCUAAAGCGGUAAAUGGAGACGGUCAGACACCCUUUGAUAUAGCUGGUGACAAUGCCACUGGUACCGCAGAAGACAAAGAACGUGCCGCGCUUGCCAUCAGAAAGCUGCUAAGUGGUGACAAAGUUGUGAUCCCGAUAUUACGGGACGCAAUCGACCUCUCUGAACCCGAAUUGGGCUGUCCGCUAGUUGCACAUAGCCCCAGCUUUGAUUACCACGAUCCACCAUCGCCCGCGGCGAUGCGCCAAGCACAACACUCUCCAACAACGACCGGAAGGAAGUCUCCUGCCGCAUUUAUUGGACCAGUCUCGGCGAUUGAAGCGAAGGAGUUAGCUGAACAGCUAAAAAAAACGAAAAGAGAGUCUGUGCAAAUGCGACGAACAGACCCUGACAAGGGUAUAGAGGCGACACUUCGCACUUUGGCACGUCAGCGCGGCUUGGGAUGGAACGAAUUCUGGCCAUUCCUUAACAGUUGGGCGGACCUGUCGAGCGGGGCGGGCCUUGCUAUCUUCGAUAAUUAUCUCCUUAGCACAAUUCGAGCCGGAGUCAGAAAACACGACCGUCUAAACAACAUCAGUGAUGUAAACUUCAACAAAAACCUUCCGACCGGCCAGUACGGCAUGGUGGAAGGUCGAAAUGGCGUAGACAGCAGCGUAGAGCAGAUGGAUGCCAGUGAUAAAGUACAAGAUCAGUCAGCUACAACAGAGCUAAUUAAACAACUCUACAAUUUUAUAAAUGACAUUCUCGAUGAUAUCCAACCACUUGAACUACCUAAGAGUUUAUUCGAGGCUUUACCUCGAUCCGACCAUAUUACAGCAGCAAAUGAUGUCGUACAGAAACUGUUCAUCUCACAUUACGAGCGGGCACAUGUGUGCAGUCAUUUAGCUCAUAUUAUGGAUAGCUCAGCUGAUCCGCGACUGGACUGUGUAUUUAGUGCGCUUAAAGGCGCUCUUGAAGGCAGAGGUGAAGAUAGCUCACCUUGUGGAUGUUCGAAUCUAGAUGACGGUCGUUCUAGCGGCGAUUGCCAAUCAGAACCCGAAGACAUGGAUUAUUCUACGACUGAAUCGUCACGUGAAACGCCCACCCCCGAGGAACUUUCCCGUUUAGGUUUCAUAACUGGCCCUUUACCGACCCGAACCGAUUAUCAAGUUUGGUUAGCCAUCGAGCCAGUUCGUCGCUUGCCAAGUGAAACAUGUUUUCCCUGUGUACACCGAUGGAUUAUUGCCAUGAGUUGUUUCCAAGAGGACCAAAUGCGCGUAUGGAAAAGCCCGCAGGUGUUCCGAGGACGGGUGUCACCCCAUGUACAAACGCCUCGGCCAAAAUUCUCUCGUGCUUUGGGAAGCCCAAUUAGUCCACUUAGCGCGCAAACUUUCGCAUCGCCAGUUGCUCGUGACCCAGCCCGUAUGAGCUUGCUGUCGAUGUUUACAUCACCAGGCAAAGAAUGAAGAGCGCUUACAUAAAAACGGACUAGAGAAAUGUAGUGAGGGAGUACACUGUAGAAAUGUUUGAAGUCAUUAACAGCUUAGGCAAAAAAAAUUGAUGAUGCAUUAUGAAUAAUUUACCGUGCUACCAGACUGGCCGGAAUGUUGGGACUGUCGUAUUUCAUGUGUUCAUUUUAUAAAAGAAUGAUGCCCUUAUAUCUGUUGAUAAGGCAAUCGAUCUAAAUCCACACAGUCCAAUUUGUAUAUCGAUGUAACUGAAUUAUUUGCCUGGACCCCUGUUUGGCUCGUGUAACUUGUACAGUUUACGUUCUUUUGUAAAACAAUUUGUCAAAAGAAGUUGUCAAAAAUAUGAUGCAAUGCCUAAUUACAGACCUACGCUAAUUACGAGUGUAGUUACAUAGUAAAGUCUUUUUUUGGAAACAAGCGAAAACGUUUUUUUUUCAUAUAAGAAUACAAGUCGGUGCUAGUCAAGUAAAAAAAAACUGUACGCAUUUUAUAUAAUAUAAAAUCCAUUAUACAUCGCGUCCCACGAAAAAGGAAAUCAUACUUAUAAGAGAUAGUGAUUGGAUACGACGUACGAAAUAAUAAGUUUUACACAAAGCUAAGUUUUUUAAUAGAAUCUCUUUUUUUUGUAUAUUAAGCGAUUUGUCGAUAGUAAAUAGCAAAUUGUCCAACAAUUUCCACCCGUUGUUUGGCGCUUUUUCGAUACAACACGGAGAUUGUAAAUAAUAGAGACUACUUAUGAUGGCGUGGCCUGGUUCGAGCGUGAAUUUUUAUCUUCAUCCGAGACUCGGAAUCACUUAACAGGAAAAUUGAAUUCGAAGGCUUGAACCUUGGGUGUGUACAAUAAUGAAAAAAGUACUAGUAAGGGUAGCUUGGUUGAUAUUACAUUUCAACGACCAAUUCAACCAGACACAAUCAAUUUUUGGCCAUGUAAUGUUUAUUGCUGGCCACUGUUUUUGUGAUAUAUGUUUUAUGAUCGAUUGCCUAUCACAAAAGUAUCAGUGUGUGAAUCCCAAGCUUCUCCUCUUGCAAAAAAAAUAUAUAGCAGUAAAAAACGCCACAUUACGGUCGCAUUGUUGUAUUUUCUCGAUAUGUUGUCUAUAGACGCGAACGGCUAGAGGUAAUUUGGGAGCCGAAGUGAGCAAAAUCAAUUUUUAUGAAGAAUUGAAAAUUAAGACAAAAGAGGAAGAGCUUUGUACUGAAGUAAAUGUCCAAUUGCGCCAGAGUAGUUUAUGAUGUGCUUAUUUGAUAAAA